UGUUUUAAAAAUAUCAAUAUCGAUAUCAAAAAUGGCAUGUAAAAGAUCUAAAGAUGAACCUUCGGAAUGCAACAGCUUUCUUCAAAGCUCUAAACGGAUGGGCCAAGUUGCAACGCAUAUUCUUACUGCAGAAUCAGAAGUAGAAAUUGAUUUUAAUACAUCAAAAAAAAACACAAGAAAACUCCUUUAAGUCAACAAAACAGAAAGAGAAAAAAAAAUGUAUUUUUGAAGAACCUCCUUUACCAUCAUUACCAUUAUGGGAGCCACCAAAGCUUCCUGAUUCCGAUUCAAACUUUUUGUCCGUCUCUGCCUCAAUGGAUCAAGUAGAUGACUUGCCAGUUACACAGAUAGUGUUUCCAUCAGAAAUGCAGUCUGUUUCACAAGUUCAACCGUUACUGCAUUCAUCUUCUUCCUUUUCUUUAUUAUCUCAAAAAACUGGGAUAGACCAAAUAAAUAACUUUAUUCGGAAAGCAAAUGUUGAACCCAAUACUGUUGAAGGCAUUCAAUUUAUAGUGAACUCUAUAUACAGAAAACUUUGUGGGUUGGAAACAGAAAUGCGUUCCAUGCGUUCAAUUUUAGACACUAAUCAUGGUAAUAAAGAAAAUAUUAAUAUAGAUUAUUUACCAGCUAAUUUAGUUGAAGAGUUUGACUCACUAGAAAAUAAAAUAAUUAACUCUAAUGAUAAAGAUAUCAUUUGCAGAAAGUUAAAGCAAAUUGAUGGGAGAAAUGUAAGUGACUUUUUAAAAAAUGCUUUAAAAACUUGUUUAACAGACAAGCUGUGCUGCAGCAUUAAUCGAACUGGUGCAGAUAAAAAGCGUAGGUUUAUAGGACCAGUCGAAAGUUUGAUUUUUGAUGCAGCUUACUGUUUAUUUCCAACUGCCACUGCAUCCAGUAUGACUACAAUAAUUGCGAAACACUUGAAAAAGUCUAAAGAUUGUUAUUUUGCUGCAAGAAAGAGAAGUUCUUCUUUAACAAGUGAUAUACAAAUACUCAGUCCUGUUAGAAAAAAAAGAAAUUUAAACACUGACUCAUGUAGUGAUUCCAGUUAACUUAUUUUUUUUGUUUAUUUGUUCUAUUAUUUUUUAUUGACUUAUUUUUUUUUAGAUAUUUU